UUUUAUAUGUGCGCAUCAAAUACACAGAAAGGAAGUGGAAGAAAAGAAGAAGAAGUGGUGCUUGAAACUGCUGGUAUAGUAUUGUGGAAGCCGCCGUCGUCAGUAAACGUCCGACUGAAAUUUGCAUCAGUUUCAAGAAGAGCUUUUUAUAACACCAGCAGUUCGUCAAAACAACAACAUGAAGGCGAUACUGGUAUUGCUGUCCUUAAUUGCACUUAGCCAAUGUUUCAACCUCAGAGACGAGUGGGACGCUUUCAAGGCGCGCCACAAGAAGACCUACGAGUUGGACUUUGAGGACAAUUUUCGCAUGAAAGUCUUCAAGGACAACGCGAAGAAGAUCAAGCAGCACAACGACCGAUUCAAGCAGGGACACGUGAGCUACAAGUUGGAAAUCAACAAGUUCGCUGACCUGCUGAGCCACGAGUUCCGAGGCAUCGUGAACGGCUUCAACCGCACCAGAAACGCGGCCACUCGCACCAAAUUGGUCGGCGCCACCUUCAUCUCGCCCCACGGCGUCCAACUGCCCGACACCAAGGACUGGAGGGACCUCGGCGCCGUCACCCCCAUCAAGGACCAGGGCCACUGCGGCUCCUGCUGGUCUUUCAGCUCGACUGGUGCUCUUGAGGGUCAGCACUUCCGCAAGACUGGCAAAUUGGUGUCCCUGAGCGAGCAGAACCUGAUCGAUUGCUCGACCAAGUACGGCAACGAGGGCUGCAACGGAGGCCUCAUGGACCAGGCCUUCCAGUACGUCAAGGACAACAAAGGUCUCGACACCGAGACGUGGUACCCUUAUGACGGACAGGACGAGAAGUGCAGAUACGACCCUGACCACGCCGGAGCCACCGACGCAGGAUUCGUCGACGUGGAGAGCGGAAACGAAGACAAGUUGAAGGAAGCCAUCGCCACGAUUGGACCUGUUUCCGUCGCCAUCGAUGCCAGCCAUGAAUCUUUCCAGUUCUACUCAAAGGGUGUGUACUAUGAGCCUCAGUGUGACAGCCAGCAGCUGGACCACGGCGUUUUGGCCGUCGGCUACGGCACCGACGAGGAAUCUGGCCAGGACUACUGGCUCAUCAAGAACUCUUGGGGCACCGUCUGGGGCGACCAGGGCUACGUCAAGAUCGCCCGCAACCGCGACAACCACUGCGGAGUGGCCACUCAAGCCAGCUACCCCCUUGUCUGAUGCAUUUCGCCAUUGUUUUUUAGUUGUUCAGACGCCAAUCUCAAUAUAAAAAAAAAAAAUACGAAAUAUGCAAUUUAAGAAAAUCAAUACAAUGCUCUCAGAACAAACUAUAGGAUUAAGUCUGUGAAUAAAUAAGUAAAAAUGUUUUAUACCAAUUGAAAGAAAAUCCGUGCAGGUUUUAAUUUAGGAAUAAAAAUAUGAAAAGAGAAACGUA